CCGGCCGGUUUCUAGAGGCCGCCGUGAAAUGCACCGAUGCAGCCAACCAGAACUGCGUAAAUCAUUCUUACGACUCACGCGAGCAGCUCGGGGCUGUGGAAGAUGUCAGGGACGCCGUCACGCGUUCCGGUGGUCCCCGAGGAAGAUGCGGCGGCGGCGGAAACCAGGAGCUGCGGUGCAGGUGCGCUUGCCGAGGAUUUGCAAGGGCCGCCAUCAUGUGGCUGGAGCUUCAGCAGAGCUUCGACGGUCUUGCGUGCGGAAUUGAAGUGCCACCGAGCGCCCAUACGCAUGCGGCGAAAUGCAGAAAGGGCACGGCAGCUUUACACAAUUCGGUCGCGUCAGCCGUGCGGUAUUUGCACAAGUGUGGUGGCUUUUUCUGCGCUCCACGUGAAGGGUCUGGCUCGUCCGCGUGGAGGCUGAAGUGAGUGUGGGGAUGGCCGGUUCACUAAGCUGCAUCACUCACCCAACGCCCAGCAUCCCACGCCCAAUUGCCUCGCGCGCCAUCUCACGUCAAAGCAUCUGCGAGCCUGGCUUGCCUCAGUCCUCCUUUC